AUAUGACACAUUCGCUUCAAAUUAAAAAUUUUCAUUCGAUCUUUUCUAUCGCAUACGCUUCAUUACAGUUUUCGUUCAACAUACACAUUAAAUAUAUGCAGCUCGUCAAAAUCAUCAAGCUCGUUAGCCAACAUCUUACGCCGAUGAGCAAUGAUCGGAAAAGCGUUCGAACUGUGCGCCUUCAAAAUUGACAUUUCAAUCGAAUUGAUUAAACGAAAAGAACUGUAAAUUCUGCCGAAAAAUAAGAGAGCGUGCGAGCGAGCGAAAGAGUGUGUGUGACAGAAAUAUCGUUCAUUUGUUUACGUGUAUGGUAUUCAAUUUUCAAAUUUAACUGGUUGCAUGAAUUUUAAAUAAAAAAAGGCAUUUUGAAUGAAGUGUUUGAAAUAUCAUGGAUCAGUAUCAUAUUGAAGUGUUGGCUUCUGGCGAUAUUGCCAAGUCAAAGGAGAUUUUACAACGGUUUGUGACACAGCAUACAGAUACAUUUGAUUUUACGGCUAUCUAUAGCCAAUGGACCACAAUUUGGAAUGGAAUCUUUAAAUUUCUUCGAAUGCCAUGCGAAAGACGUGCCGAAGCAUUACACAUUUAUCCCGAUUGUUUAGCUGCCAUUCGAAUAUUAUCACGUGAUAAAACCCAUUUAAAUCAAACAAUAACCGUCGAACAAUUUGAUACAUUGCUCAAUAUUGCGAAUAUUGGUGGUCACAAUGAAAAUAUUAGCGAUUCGGCCAUUGUCGUUGAGGCGCUCAAAUGUUUAUGCAAUUUAGUGUUUCAAAGUACCAGUUGUCAAAUGAUGUGCUUAAAAAAUGCAGCCAUCGAUGGCAUUGUACGACGAUUGAGAACAUAUAAAGAUGCAAAUGUUCCAUACGAUUUACAAUACUUUGAUAUGAAACUGCUAUUUUUGAUAACAGCUUUGAAUCCCGAUGUUCGAACAAAAGUUCGUGAUGAUUAUCAUGGACUGACCUAUCUUGUCGAAAUAUUGGAUUUAAUUAUUAAAGAACGUUCCGAUCCAAAUGCCCAACACAAUGAACUGAGCGACAGUCAAGUGAAUUUACUCGUUGAAAUUAUGAAAGUUUUAUUCAAUAUUACCGUACGGAAUGAAACAUCGGUGGCCACCGAAGAAGAGGAGGAAAUUCAAUUUCGACGAUUGGCCGUUGUAUUGCAUGAUUUACUAUUGUGUCGUGCAACCACAAAGGAAAAACAGCUCGAACUAUGUUCGAACACAAUCAAUUUGCUGACAAAUGUGCCAACCGCCUGUUAUUCGGAGCUUGUUAUUCCAAUGCAUUUGGACAGUGAUUCAUCAACAACGUCAUUCGCAUCGGUUACAAAUUUGAGCGGUAUUCAUUUAUUUGAGGGUCAUGAUGUCACUGCAUUGGAAAUUCUUUUGGAAUUUCUCAAAUGUCGAUUGGAAAAUAUGCAAAAAUUGUCUAUUCAACAGGAGCUUCUGUCACCAGUGUUGACGGCUUUGGUAAAAUGUGCUCGUUGUAAUAAAUUACAGCGACAGUAUUUACGGCAACAAGUUUUACCACCAUUAAGAGAUGUUAAAACGCGACCCGAAGUUGGUGAACAUUUACGAAAUCGCUUGGUGAAAUUGCUAACAACGCCAGCAACACAAGUGCGUGAUCUUGUUGCCGAUUUCUUAUUCGUACUUUGCAAAGAGAAUGUCGGACGAAUGAUAAAAUACACGGGAUAUGGGAAUGCAGCUGGUCUCUUUGCAAAUCGUGGCUUAGUUCCUGUACGUAGCGGAAGCAGUUAUUCGGGUGAAUAUUCGUCGAAUAGUGAAGACAGCGAUACGGAAGAGUAUAAACAAAUGCAACACAGUAUCAAUCCAGUGGUCGGUUGUUAUGAGCCGCCGCGUCCAAAUCCGCUCGAGGGAAUGUCAGAAGAGCAAAAAGAGUAUGAAGCGAUGAAACUAGUCAAUCUAAUGGACCAAUUGAAUCGGCAAGGGCUCGUUCAACCAUGCAAAAUUGGUGAGGAUGGCCGACCACAGGCUGUCGAACAUAUCCUCGAACUACAAGACAGCAUACCACAACAGCAAAUGGACCAAUCACAUGAAACUUAAAAACAACAACAAAACAAAGCAAUAUACAUAUACUAUCAUCUACAAAAAAAGAACAAAAUCAAAGAGACAAAUGUAGCGCGCAUUGUCACCUUGUCACAUUAUGUUUUUUUUUAUUUAUUUAAAAUUCGUUUUAAUUUUGACGCCCGUUUCUCAUGAUUGCCAUCAUCAAAAUCGACGAAGAAACAGUCAGGCAGAAUUAAUUGAAUAAACUCAUUCCAAUCGUGAUUGCAUAAAUGCAUGUGUAAGUAUGUAUGUGACUAAGUAUGUGUGUGUGUGCUAAGCAAACACGACUGCACGAAGAGGUAGAGUGGGAAAAUGGACACAAAGAGAAAGUUAAAGCGAAAAUCCAAUUAAAAGUGUGUUUGUGUAUAAAUAUCGUUGAAUAUGUGUCGGGCUCGAUGUUGAUUUAUGCGGAUUCAUUAUUCAUAUUCAAACAAAAAAAAGCUUUGGCUUGAAUAACUUGAAAAACUCAUUGUCUAUUUUUUUUUUUAAUUCGAUGGUUUCAUCACUUUAUGGGAAUUACUUCGAGCAAUAUUUAUUUAUACCUAUACUAAAUCAAUGAUAACAAAAACAAACAAAAAAUCGAAGAAAAUGAGAGAGAGAGAGAGAGAGAGAGAGAGAGAGAGAGAGAAAUCAGACAACCUUUUAUAUAUGUUCUCAGUCACCAUAUAUGGUACUUGAAACCGAAUAAAAAAUUCAUACAUUGCGUGUGCUGCAGUGUUGUUGUUGUUGUUGUUGUCAAUAUAUGGGCGGCAGUGGCAAUAGCUUUGAUACACCUUGCACCCAAUCUUGAAUGAAAAAAAAAAAUCCAUUUCAUUUCAUUUAGCUUUGAUUGAUGUUCCAACUUGAAAUGAAUGCAUUUAUAAAUUGCAUUCCAUGUGGUCAUGCGGCUGAAAGAAUGUCACCAUCAUCCGAGCUUUCGUACUCCGGCUAACUCAAUCACACUUCAGCUACUCACAAUUAUUGCUUUGAACGUUGGAUUUCUAUGCAAAAUAUUAUCGAUUGCAAGUAUAUACUUAGCAACAAAAAAGGAAUAUCGAUUGAAAUAAAAAGAAAGAGAGAAAGAGAACGAAUGAUGAAUAAUUGUCUAUGUUUGGAUUAGAAACAGUUAAUUUGACCUGAUUUUUGAUCGCUCGAUGUGUAGAAGAUGUGUAAAAUUAACUUUGAGACUAGAAUGCAUUAAAUUUGUUUGAAGAAACUUGACUCACCUAAAAAUAUGAAUCUGUUCAUAUUCACUCAAUCCCUGUUUAUUUUCAGUCGCAUUUUCUCGUCCAAUUUUUUGAUCACAUAAAUUAUUGAUUUGGUUUGACGGAGAAAAUAUUUUUAUUUAGACACAAUUGGUUGAAUAUAUUUCACGUAUUACAUAUAUUCAAGGAAUUUGUUCGAAUAAGAAAGGGGCCGCUCUUUUUCAUUUCUGAUUUUCUAGUCAAAAAAAAAAAAACAUUACUUCAGAUAAUGCGUAUAGUAUUCGACCGAAAGAGGAUGAAAAAAAAACCAACGUUUGAAUUUCCAUAAGUCAUUUGAAAUGCAUUUCAUUCUUUAAAGUCCGAACCAAAACAAAGAGCAUUUACAAUUUUUUGCUAGAGUAAAUGAGGACGAUGUAUGUAGUAUUAAGAAGCAGAUAUAACUUAUUCAAUUGUUGAUAUAAAACAAUUGGAUGAGAAAGUAAAGCCAUCACAUAACCCCUAGAGUACACAUAGAAUUCUUUGAGAUUGAAUCGAAUAUUUCCUCUAAUAAUAAGAGAAAUAAUGCCGAUGGACCAAAUAUGAAUAAACAACAGAUGCAAUUCUAGAAAAGAAUCGGCCCCGCAUAACACUUUACUCAAAAUAUUAUUUUUCAUUUUAAUUUUUUUUUGGAUAUCACAUUUAUCGAGCCAUUUUAAAUCUGUCGAUAACAUUUUUUUUCACUUCAAAUUUGAAUAUUAUCCAAUUUAUAGAAAAAUGAGUAAAAAAAACAUGUCAAAUAAAUUAGUGACUUUCAAAAAUAGUUGAUCAUACACAUACAACAUUUAUCCAAUGCACAAUUUUAGCACCCAAUUUUUUGGAAGGGUUUAAUCUUACGGUUUUGCUCAAUAAAUGCAUUCAAAAUAUGGAAGUAAAGAACCGAACAUUUUGAACCGUUAUUUAUUUAAUUUCAUUGAAAUUGAAAAGGUAAGUUUUUUUGGUUUCUAUCCCAGCAAACAAUUGAUAGGGCAAAUGCAUCCAUUAUGAAGCACAUAUUGACGGUCGUUUUCGGGGUUAGAUUCGUGUGUAGUUUCAGUCAUUUCCAUAGGUUUGGCAUGGUGGAACAUUCAGGUGUGAAAACAUGGAAAAAGGGAAAGACAACCAUUAGUAUCAGUUGAACUGGUUGACAUUGUUGUUUUAGUCCGGCGGUCUUAACAAUGAAACUGGCAAUGGUACAUCAAAGAUCCGGCAAAGUCCUAUGUAAUUUAAAGCAAAUACAUUAAAUAAUGAAUAUUCUGUU